GUCUAACCCAUGACUCCUUUCUUCAUCGUUGAAAAACCUGAACAAUUCAAACCUCUAAAGCCUACCAUUUUUCCAAAUCAAUAUUUCUCUCUCAAAUAAUAUACUUACUAGUAUUUCUUUUAUCUAUCAAUGGCUUUCAAAAAUACGCUAGCUCAGCGCCUUUUCAAUGCAUACAAAACUACCGGUUUUUUCAUUUCCGCUUGUCGUAUAUCUUCAUCAUCAAUGUCCGCCAGAACACUUACCCCUCCUCGUCCUGAUAACAAAAUCGCCCCAGAUAAAGAAGAUAAUGGAAUUUUACGGCGAUUAAUCCACCGCCGAUUUAUGUACUCAUCUCCGACGACUUCUCUGGAGCUCCGGUCAAUACCAACCGGGGAAACUCUCAUCGAGAAACUCCGUGAAAUGGAUAUAAGCAGAAGCAGGAUCAAACUCGAUGGACUCCUGCCGCCACAAGAGUGGGAGGGGAAGUUGACAGUGGCGGAUGCGAGGAAGGUGCUAAGGUUAUCACAAUUGGAGAUGGUGAAAUUGAGGCUAAAUCAGAUUGAAAAGAGUUGUAUUUCAUACUCGGAAUUUCUUCAGAUUUGCUCUGGAAAUUGUUUGAAUAGUGAACAGGGCAUCGAAUUCGCGAAGAUUCUAGAUGAUUCUGGAACUGUAAUUGUUCUGGGAGACGUUGUGUUCAUUCGGCCUGAUCAGGUAGUGAAAUCCCUACAAGGCCUAUUGCCUAUGCCCUUGGCGAACACAAAUGACCCACAAAUGAUGGAGGAGUUCAACCAAAUGGAAGAGGACAAAGCAAUAAUUGACAAGAAAGCAGAGUCAUUGGUGCGCAGAGAAUUAUGGUGUGGGCUAGGCUACUUUGUCAUUCAGACAGCAGCAUUCAUGAGAUUAACAUUCUGGGAACUCUCGUGGGAUGUCAUGGAACCAAUUUGCUUUUACGUUACAUCCUUUUACUGCAUGGCUGGUUAUACUUUUUUCCUUAAGACCUCCAAAGAGCCUUCUUUCGAAGGAUUUUUCCAGAGCCGAUUUGUCGCUAAGCAAAAGCGACUCAUGAAGCUUCGGAAUUUCGAUCUUCAAAGGUAUAACAAGCUCAGAGGAGCUUGUUAUCCUCAAUUGUCAUCGCCUCCUGGAAGAACAUUAACGUUUAAUUAAUCUGAUAAUUUACAUGAACAUGCUACUAGGUAGAAGUAUUUAUUUUAGGAAUAGAUUAUUUUUAUCAAGAAGGGAGUGCAAACGAGAAAAAGAGACGCCCGUUUGUCUCUCUGUUUUUUCCUUCUUCCCUUUUUUUUGGGUUUAAUUUUAAUUUUCAACGUGUCAUAGACGGCCAAGGUAAAUGCAUUGAAUAAGAAUUCCAAUAAAAUUGUCAGCCGGGUUAUAUGCCCCAA